UGACUUCGAUUUCUUCAUUGACGGUAUCGGAUUCACAGUCUAAUGGUCUAAAAAUGGUCCAUGCAGCGAAAUUUCUCUACUCAAUCAGACAAUCUCUUAGUCGGACUCUAUCUCCAGGUUCACCAACUUCCCGCUCCCGGCAAUUCUAUAGCGAUUUUCAGUCUUUGACGAAAUGGGUAAAGCCUGUUGAUUCUAUACCACAUGUUCGUACCUCAAGGUUUCAGUACAGACUAAAUUUGCAGAGAUAUUAUAUACAUAAUUUCUGUUUGUCAGGAAGUAAAAAUAUCAGGAGAGUUUUGUUUGGUGUUUCAGUUGUAUCUGCAUCAUUAUGCUUCCAGAAGCAUGCUGCUUAUGCUAUGGAUGGUGACGAUAUCUUGGUAGGUGACCAUGAUGUAGACUUGUCAGGUGAUGAUUCAGACAUAUUUCAGCGAAGGAAAUUCUGGUUGCCUGUUUUUCUCUUUCUUGUUGUGUUUCUGAACUGGGGAAAUCCUAUAAUACUUCUGCAAGAAGUGACACUUUUCCUCCUAAGAAGAAAACCCACUCCUUUAUCAGUCUAUUUCUUCAUCGAGCAGAAGUGUCUCCAAACUAAGCGCCAAGAGCCUUACUUCUACAAACAAAAGUCACUAUAUGCCAAGAAGGUUGAAGUCCAAGAUUAUAUGUUGCUGUGCCUUGCUAGAGUGGAAGUGGGUGCUCAGAAGUUUACAUUGUUAGGGAUUCUUGGUAGUUGGUGGACUUUGUCAAAUUCAUAGUUCCCCGUUUUCAGUGCUUGUGCUCUAAAAUAUUAUCAGAAGGCAGUGAAAUCAGUUACCGUCCUUGGCUUGUUUCAAUAUUUUUCGUCUUGGCUUGCAAAUUCAACAUUUCAUUCUUGAUUUGGUUGGAAGUGAUGCUUAAUGGUGUUUGAGAUCGAAGGAUAUGGUCCGCUGCUCACUUGUUUUCCGGCGUAAUAGACUCCUCUUGUUCGAGCAGGUGAUAAUCUUCAGGAUCUGGGUUGAAGGAAGGGCCACAAAACAUGCCACCCAAUCUAGGAAAGUAAAUCAAGGAAACAGGCAUAGUACAAACAAUCAUCAUUAGACCCAUAAGAGAUAUGCUUGUCUGCUUUGAAAACCUUGACCCAGAAAACAACAGUAGCUGGGUCAGAACCGCGCCAACUGUACCGCCACUCCCUGUGAUUCCUGAUACUACUCCGAGUGACCUGGGAACCAAGAUCAACAAAACAGGGUAUUGUUUAAUUAUUGAAAUGUUGAAUGCAGAGCAAGAGAAUUGUCUUGUUUGGAAUUUUUCUCCUGCAAACAAAUUGAUAGAUGAUAGGAUUUGGAAAUGAUUGGCUGUUUGUUUCUUUUUUUUUUCUUUUGGGUAGAGUAGAGUUUCAUCUCUGUGAUUUUGUCCAGUUGUAAUUAUUUGUUGCAAUAAUUCAAUUUGCAUACGGGGUUUUGCUAUAGCAUGAUUGGUAAUUGGUAAAGGAGUUUUAACGAGGGGAGUAAGGUUCUAUUGUAUUUUUGAUCUUGUGGGGAUGUUCUUUUUGAGCAUCAUAAACAAGAUUCACUUUCUUGUAAGAGAAGAAAAGUCCAAGCAACCUGAGUUUGUAACAA